CAGCAUUACUGAAGGAUAGUAAUCAAUAACCCAUUUAUUUAUUUAAUUCCCAAUUAAAUUCACUUCAAAAUAUACGAUACCACAUGACAGUACCGCGUGUAAGUAACUAUUAAGAGUUGUUGCAACAACUUAUUAUUGAUCGGAAUGUCUAAGCAUAUGGACGCUUCGGAUAAAUGCCAUCUUCAUAGUCAUAGCAGACUAAUUAAUAAUUAAAUUAAAUUAUGAGUAAUUUACUUGAGUCUUGAGUGAUAAAAAUAUACAAUCAAUACAUUGACAGUGACAGUAUACAGCUCAGUUCAGUAUUAUCAAUAGGGUCUAAUAUAAAUAUAUAAACGAUCAUUCUUCCUACGAACAAUAAUUGCUUGGAACUCUCGCAUAAUUCUGUGGUGCACCACUCAGGGACCACUGUCGAGUUAAAAAUAAAAUUAAAGGUUAAAUAGUAAAUUUAAUAUUUACACAAGGAGAAUAGAGAAUUUACUAUGUCACAUAGAUGGAGAGAAAUUGAGGACCACUAUUAAAUUUUGAUUGAUCCCAUAUCAUGGCAUGUUAAUAGUGACAUGAAUAAUAAUAAAUUAUGAAUAUAAUAUAAUUAUAAAACUAGGGCUUAACCGGGUGCAUAUUUUUUUUUACACCGGAUCAAGUAAUCAAGGUAUUUUGAGAAAAUCCACAGUGGGUCGAAGUGUCUCAAUAAAAGAGUUAACUUCUCAUUUUCUUUAAUACUAAUACUAAUAUGCAACAAAAAUUUUUGCCCCAUGUCAUUGUGAGAGUGCAUUUCCUUCAUCAACUGUUUAUGUCAAGACAUAACCCUUUGAUAGGAAUAGCCAGUUGAAGGAUCCAGGAAAAGAGAUGAUGUUGUACAAAAACCCAUGGACAGAGAAUGUUCAUUUUAAAACAAAGACUUACGAAACAACAGUCGCUGUAGUAAUACCUUCCUGUAACAGGCUACGGAAAAGACUCACAGGUUUACACAUCUCUGUAGUGAAAGGAUGACCCAUGACCCAGUUCUGUGUGGUGUGCAGCCCCAGAACAAAUAUGUGGAAAAAGUGACAUUUAAAAAAAAUUCCUUACUAAGGAAAAAAAGUAAAUCUAUUUACCAGAGUUCAGACUUAACGCUUGAAGCUCGCUGUGUGACAGAGGAACAUAACAAUAAGAACACCAAAUAAUAGUGGUCUCCCCCUAAUGAAAAAAUCUAGCAAUUUACCACAGUAUAGUAGUCAGACAUGAAGCUCGCUUUUUUUUUUACUCAGUACUAUUAAUAUAAAAUAUGUGGAGUUUUUUUUAGGGGGUGGGGGUGAUUUUGAAGAGGAAGCAGGAUGCACCAGAAGCGAAAUAUAUUGAAGAGACGGUGCAGAAAAUCUGAAUUGUUUUGUUUUCAUUCCUCACUCCUGCUAGUGUAUUAGAGCCGUAAUGUAUACCAAUGAUGUGCUCCUGUGUUCACGUCCACUGAAAUGGGAUGAGACCGGAGAUGGUUUGUUUUCUUCAAUAUCUCGAAGAUGUUUACAUUACCUGAAAUAGCCUACUUCCUGUCUCACCAUAUAAAAUGUGCAUCAUCCUCUGCAAAAAAUCACAUCCAUGUGAAGCCCACUUUGAUGGUAAAGGUCCCCUUAGGGAAGCCAAUGUGUACAGUUUCCAGUAAAUUUCGGAAAGUCCUUGAACAUGACUUAGUCCCAAUGUGAGAAAGGUCGCUCGAAGGCAAUUGUGAACCAGAAGAUCACAUAUAUUUUUAUCCUGUCUGAAGAUAAUACCGGUACGUGUAUUGAUGAGAGUACCCUGUUAGUGUAAGGGUCAGCAAGGAGCAUAUGAUGAUUCUUUAAGAAUAUUUUUUGGCAAUCACAUUGUGAGGCUGGUAGGUAAGUGUGACUCUCAUUUUUAUUUACACAAGAUUUGAAAGCAUUAUUACGUCUGAUUGUGAUCUGCUUGAGUGCUGAACGUGCGUAGUCUCAGGAUAAGAUCUGGAGUGGAAGAAGUCAAACAUUUCAUUUGCCCUGUCUAAAAAGUCUUCAUCUGACUUGCAAAUGCUGUGUACUCUAAGAAGUUGGGAAAAAAGGUAUAUCGUCUUUGCACCAUGUGGGAGUAUGAAUAUAAUAAAUGACUAUGGCUGUCAGUUGGUUUGUAGUAGGCAGAGGGGACUAUUCCUUUUUUGAGAGGUUAGAACAGUAACGUUUGGGGGAGAGAUUAAUUUUAUAUCAUGUCCAUGUUCUGUGCAUCUGAUAUAUGGAUUGGAUUGAUCGGAAGGGGGUGUCCAAUUGGACCGUCAUUGCUUCUGAAAAGGAAACAUAUCAUACUCUUUUGGGUGCUGUCUGUACCAUAAAAAGUGGUACUAUAAUUGCGAAGAGCGAAAAUAGUAAUAAGAUAACAGAAAUUAAUUGAAAAUGGUCACCAGAAGACUUAAGAGGAAUAAAAUUGAGUCCCUUAGAAAGGAGACAUAUUUCGCCAUCAUUGCUUCUGAAAAGGCAACAUAUCAUCCUCUUUUGGGUGCUGUCUGUACCAUAAAAAGUGGUACUAUAAUUGCGAAGAGCGAAAAUAGUAAUAAGAUAACAGAAAUUAAUUGAAAAUGGUCACCAGAAGACUUAAGAGGAAUAAAAUUGAGUCCCUUAGAAAGGAGACAUAUUUCGCCAUCUGCUAAAGCAGGCAUUUAUUCGUGACGUCCUUUUAAAUGUUCUAUCUUUUUUUCAUGCCUAAAUAUAUCUUUUCAACUAUUUAUUCAUUUCACUUUCACCCCCAUAUAUUUUUAAGAUUGAGAAAGCUUACUUUUUUCCUGAAAUUCAUAAUUAUUAUGAUAAGUAUCAUGAUUUUAUUUUUUAUUUUAUUUAGGCCCUAUAAAAAAUAGGAUAUAUUAUAUAGUCAUAGGGUUACCCAUGACCCAUUUGGUUACAUGCGACUAAAACAAUAAUUAUAAUACUUAUAUACAAGCCCUCGGACUGUUAUUGACAGGCGAGUAGGGGGCUCCCAAAUUGCCCAACAAUUGUUGACAUUAUAUAUCGAGUCCACUAAGAGUAAGAAGACAACUCUGCCCCUUGCAAUAUUGGAUCCCAUGCCUAAACUUUCUUAGAAAUGUUCUUCUAUUUAGAAGUUGUUUUUAUAAAUAUAAAAUAAAAAUAGAGUGUUUCAUUUGAAUAAUUUUUUUUUCAAUUAUGUUUUUCAGAUAAUUUCUGAUGUGUGAACUGCCUGAUUGAUUGAUGGAUUAGUCCUGGUUGAUGGAUUUGUCCCCGUUGAUGGCUUAGUUAUGGAUUUUUAAAGGAGAAAGUUUAAGUAUCUACACCCAUAAAGAUUCCUGGAGACCAUCUUCAAAAGACUUUGGAGAGUUUCAGAAGUAAUGUUUUAAUUUCAUUAACGCAUCAUUAUGCCAAGCUACAAUCAACAAUCUCAACUGAUAAAACACAUAAUAUCUAGAAUCAAGGCAAAUAAUGUUGAAAUUUCACCUCCGGGUCACGACAGUGAAGCUGCGUUAGGAAGUUCUGAGCGUGAGACUGAAACUCUUCACAAACUCAAACAAAGUUGGAGCUGUUUCAAAGCAUUAUUUGUGAAGGAGAUCAAAUCAAAAUCUCAAACAAAAUCAGCUUUUAUUUUGGCCUUGGAGAAUAUUUGUUGUAAGGAUGGCCUUGGUGUUACUGGAGAGGAAUUAGACAAAUUUGAUGAUUUCUUAGUUACAUUUGAAGAUAUCUGUCUUCCCAUAUUAUUUUUGGUGUACGAAAGGUUCAGAUUUUACUCAUAUAAGUUUUGUGAUGCCGGUUCGAAGAAAUCGAAUGAAGAAGUAAUCUCAGCAAUGAUCACUCUCUCGUCGUUUUGUGGAAUAAAUUGGAUGCCUCUAACGUAUUUUAAACAAAUUAUACGAGAAAGCAUUGGCAUAGACGAGACAGUGAAACGAGGGUUAAUUCUAUUCUUGAGUGCGGCGGGUGGAAGAAAGUUUCUUGAUGAUACUGGAAUAAGGGAACCCUCAAACAGUAAAUUGUAUGGACAUCGUACACCUUUUAAAGUCAAAUCUGAAACAGGUAAUGAUUUUGUGAACGGGGAAAUUGGUAAUAAUAAUAAAUUCAUUAGCAUUUCUGCACCUAAAAUUUAUGAAGAUGAUCUUUUGACAAGUGAUAAAUUGGUUGAGAAUAAGUCUACAUUUCAGGAAAGUGGGAGAGCGUUCGUCACUGAAACAGGUGAAUACACAGCCGCUCGGGAACAAGAUGACAGUUUAUCAUUCACCAAGACCUUGACCCACCGUUCACAAAAUGAACCAGGUGCACUUGCUCAGGUGAAGCUCAAGUUAAUUGGAAGCCCAGAAGAUUGCACUUGGCCAGUUUGUGGGAAGCCAUCUGCCAAGAAGAAUAUAAAGAAACAUCUCAAGACACAUGUUUCUGAAGGCAAAUACAGUUGUCCCAGAUGCUCAUUGACAUUCAAAUUUAAACAUUUUUUCAAUGCCCAUUUAAAGAGCCACAUCCAUGAUGAUAAUGAAGCCAAUAAGAUUGAAAAGAAUAACCAUAAAGUACCUUUGAGCCCUUCUCUAAACAUUUGCCAGAAGUCCAAAUGUGCAGACGGUCAAAAAGGUUCCUUGGGGCUGUUUAAAGGUGGCGCCUCAAGUGUCUGUGAUGAAAAGUUUCCUAUGUCCUCUAUGUACAAAGCUCCCCAUAAGCUCCUUUCACAAGUCUUUCAGUGUGAAAUUUGCCAGGCCCAGUUUAAGGGCGCAGCCAAGCUCAAGCGUCAUAGCCUCACACAUACAGGAGAAAAGCCCUUCAAAUGUCAUUGUUGUCAAACACCUUUUGCCGACAGAUCGCACCUCAAUGUGCAUCUGAGAGUUCACUCUGGAGAAAAACCAUUCAGGUGUCAGUGGUGCGCUGCUAAUUUUUCAGAGUCCACCAAACUGAAAAAUCAUGUGCGCACCCACACAGGUGAGAAGCCCUUUGUGUGUGAAAUUUGCGGUGUGAUGUUCUCUGUCUCAUCCAGUUUGAAGAGUCACAAGAAAACACACACAAAUAACAAGCCAUUCAAAUGUGAAAUUUGCAAUUUUUCAACUGCGCACUCAUCCAACUUGAAGGCCCAUUUGAAGCUUCACCUAGGUGAGAAGAAAUUCACCUGUGACACAUGUGGAGCAUCUUUUUUAGAAACCGCAAAGCUGAAACGACACAGGAUGGUACACACAGGGGAACAACCUUACAGCUGUGAAGUCUGUGGGAAAAGAUUUGCGGAUAAAUCUCACCUCACUGUCCAUCUACGGAUCCACUCGGGUGACAAGCCUUUCAAGUGCACGCACAGAGGCUGUGCGUCUGCAUUUGUCGAGUCGUCAAAGUUGAAGAAUCACAUGCGGCGUCACACAGGAGAGAAGCCUUACAUCUGUGAGGUUUGUGGCACCUCAUUUGCGGUCCCAUACAGCUUAAAGUCCCACAUGCGUAGGCACACUGGAGAAAAGCCGUACAAGUGUACUCUUUGCAACUACGCCUCAUCUCAGUCUUCCAACCUAAAGACUCACAUGUCUGUUCACAACGGGAGCAGGCCUCACUCCUGCACUAUAUGUGUGGCUUCAUUCAGUGAACUUUCCAAACUAAAAAGACACAUGGUAGUUCAUCGUGAUGUUGGUGAAAGUGAAAAUGCUGCUUUGAUAAGCGAUUCAAGCCAGAAGAGUGAACUUUUGAUGAAUGGGGAUAUAUCUUUCAAUCGCUUGGUUGCUGAAAACCAUCAUGUUGAAAGCUAUUUGUUUAAAAAUCACCCAGAACAACAAAGGAAACCAGGAUGUGAUCGAGAGACCCACUUUAAACCCUCGGACACUGAUCACAGUGGCCAGGAUUUAUGUGAGCCUACCACAGACUCGGGUCAGUUUGAGAAAGAUCAGUCUUACUUGUUUCAAAAAGGCAGCAGCUUGCAUUUAUAUCAGUUGGUCAGUCAACCUGCAACAGGAAAUGCUAACUCUCAGAUCUCAGCCAAUGACCUUCACCCCCCAUAUCUUGGUGAUCAGAAUCUCAUAGCCAGAAGUGGUGACCACUCCACAGCAGGCGGGUCACAGCAGUUGGUUAUGGGCCAACAUAUCAAAGACAUAGAAGUCAGUGUCUUGUAUAAUUCUGCUCUGUAUAAAAGCGCUUAUUUUCAAGAGUCAGCUGUACACUUGGAGUUGGGACAUUUGUAGUUCAGACAUAAACAUCUUAAAUUUUUUGAUAUAAAUAAGCCCUUAUUGUCCAGCAUAUCUCCUUGAGAACACCGCAAUUCUCCCACAUGCAGAUUCCCUUGGGCACUCCGCAAUUGUCUUGCAUGCAGACUUUCUUGGGAAGGCCACAAUUGUCCUGCAUGCAUUGUUGUUGGUCAAAGUCAAAUGAACAUGUUCAUGAAUGGCAUGAAGAAGACUUGUGUUCCGUCUGUUUGGCUGGUUUUAUGUUCAAGUACAUUUCGGUAUGCAGUUCUACUUGACAGUUAAAAAAAACAAUGUGUUAUUGUCAAACUGUGUUUACUUCUUAAUUUUCUAAAAUGUCUAAAUCUUGC